AUGGUCUUGUUUAAACUGGAGUAUAUGAAUGAUAUCCGUGUCGUCGAUUUGUCUACUCUGGACCUUAACUCACUUUACACCGCCUUUCAGAACAAAUUCAAUUUGACUAACAUGCGCCUUAGACCAAGAUUUCUGCUUAAAUACCUCGACGCAGAGGGCGACUGGGUCACUCUUUGUGACGACGACGAUCUUGUCCUUGCUCUCAAACAAGCCAAUAAAUACACACUAAGACUCAAAUUAGUAGACAGUUAUCAGACGGCAAACUCAUCUUCGAAUGAAGAGUGGGACCUUCGACCAAUUUUUGCACAGUUGAUGAACACCCCUUCCAUUCAGAAUAACAUCUCUAAGAUGGUAGAAAACAUUUUAUUGACAACAAACCAAGUUGUUGAAGUCAGAACAAAACCCGGUGAGGUUAAAAUGCCAGACAACUUCACUGCUCAUAUAACUGAAACACUCCCUGCUUUGGGUGAUGAUGAUGGUUUGUUGUGA